AACGAAUCCUGCAACAUGCCAGGCUGUGUAAUAAUCGGCGAUCUUGCUCGGUCUACCAAUCUUAGCAAUGUAUCAUGGGUGCACCGGGCCAGAUGAUGGCCUGUCAGAAGCAGUUGGUGAGGAAUCGAGGCGGUUUACCAGAGAACAGCUUUAUACACUAGUUGCAGCAGCUUCUAUAAAUUUCAGUUCAAUGAUGUGCUACUCAAUCCUGGGACCCUUUUUCCCUUCAGAGGCAGAAAAAAAAGGUGCCAGUAACACAGUUGUUGGCCUGAUUUUUGGAUGUUUUGCUUUGGUCAAUUUCUUGACUUCUUUAAUAUUGGGAAAUUAUCUUUCACAAAUUGGAGCAAAAUUCAUGUUUGUGUCAGGGAUGUUUGUUUCAGGAUGUGUUACCAUUCUGUUUGGAAUACUUGACAAGGUGCCAAGUGGACCAAUGUUCAUCGGUUUCUGCUUUUUAGUAAGAGCAAUGGAUGCAAUAAGCUUUGCAGCAGCAAUUACAGCAUCAUUCUCAAUCCUUGCAAAGGCAUUUCCCACUAAUAUAGCUACUGUCCUGGGCAGCCUUGAGAUUUUUUCAGGACUUGGACUGGUGCUGGGCCCACCUUUGGGUGGCUUUUUGUAUCAAUUAUUUGGUUACGAGGUCCCUUUCAUUGCGCUGGGAUGCAUAGUGCUGGCUCUGGUGCCUGUGAAUAUGUGCAUAUUGCCAAGAUAUGAUUCAACUCCUAGGAAGGAAUCAUUUUGGAAGCUCAUUCUUCUGCCAAAAGUCCUAAUACUCUGUCUCACUAUAUUUUCUCUAAGUGCAUGCUUGGGUUUUUUUGAUCCCACAAUAUCUCUAUUUAUCUUAAAGAAGUUCACGCUCCCAGCUGGUUAUGUGGGCUUGGUGUUCCUUGGUUUGGCACUCUCAUACUCGCUGUCUUCUCCCCUCCUUGGACUCGUAAGCGACAAACUGCCGUACAUCAGGAAAUGGCUGCUGAUAUUUGGAGACUUAAUGACAGCAGCGUGCCUUUUCAUGCUAGGACCUGCUCCUGUACUGCACAUUGAAAGUCAGCUGUGGAUGUUUGUGCUAGUGUUGGUUUUGAUUGGCUUUUCCCUUGGCAUGAGUGCUAUCCCAGUGUUUCCAGAGAUCCUGCAAUGUGCGUAUGAGAAUGGAUUUGAAGAAGGUCUGAGUCUUCUGGGACUGGUGUCUGGGCUCUUCAAUGCCAUGUGGUCCCUUGGGGCAUUUGUAGGUCCAAUUCUGGGAGGAUUUCUAAAUGAAGAACUAGGUUUUGAAUGGGCUGCAGCCAUCCAAGGAGGAUGGCCACUGUUAAGUGGUCUUGCAACUGGAAUAUUUUAUAUCAUUGAGGCAACAAGGAAAAGUUCCAGUUCCAGCCUGCAAAAUCCUCCUGGUGAUAAUGAAGAAAGGACUCGUCUAAUGGGCAAUGAAAUAUAGCCAGGCAUACUUUCAAUUCUCUGUUUGCUGUUGUGGUUUAACCUAGUAUUGAGGUGACUGGCCUUAACAGUGCUUCAUUAUUCUGGAGCUGGGACAUGAUCCCUUAGUGAACAACCAGUUGUGGUUUAAUUGUAGAGGCAUUACUGUUUUGAAACACUAAACACUGACUGCCUUUCUUUUGGAAGUUCUCCUAAAUGAUGAGUAACACUCAGCUGUCACCCUAUGUAAUUGUGUUCCAUGUGCAGUGUACCACUGUAUGUGAAAAGAUGUGUUCUCACAUGUCUAGUUUCCACGCUUGUGUGUGCUGUAUUUGCUACCAUGAUUUUCUGUACUUUUUUAAAGGAAAUUCUUUAUCUUGUAAAAACAGAAUUUCAAAUUAUAAAGGACCAAGCACAAUAUUGUUUUCAAUAAAGCAACUUUUUCCCUA